AUGAUUUGUCUUGCUAUUUCAGUUACUUGUGUUCCUGAGUGUAAAAAUAAUGGAACAUGUGUUAGCCAAAAUAAUUGCUCAUGUCCAAGUGGUUACACUGGUCCAACUUGUGAAAUUCAAUCCGUUGGAUUAUGUCGUGACAAUGAAAUACUUGACAAAAAACCCAUUCUAUUGGUUACAUUUGGAAAUGGUUUAUCUAAAUAUUCUCAACUUACACCUGAUCGUUUCAAUUUCAGUACAACAUAUAAGCAACAAUUUCAACCUACAACAUACGACGGCUCAUUCAGUUUUAUCAAUAGAGUCCCUAAUGAUUUCAACAAUGAUUGGCAUACUGAUGCAACAGAUCAUACAGGUGAUCCAGGUGGAUACAUGUUUUUAAUUAAUGCUGAUGAAAAACCUGGUCAGUUUUAUAAUGGUACCGUCAAUAAUCUAUGUAUUGGUCUACGUUAUGAAUUUUCUGUCUACUUGGCGAAUAUUAUGAAACUAACUGGUAGAAUUAAACCAAGUGUUCGAUUUGAAGUUCGAAGUCCAUCACUUGGAAAUCGAUUACUUGCUCAAUUAUCCUCAGGAGACGUACCAGAGGAUACAACUCUGGCGUGGAGAAAGUAUGGACUUUCAUUCAUAGCGCCAAGCAGUACAGUUGUUCUCUUAAUGAUAUCCGAUGCUCCUGGUGGUGGUGGAAAUGACCUAGCCAUUGAUGAUAUUGCAUUGACUGUUUGUUCACACAAAGGCAGUGGUUUCUGUCCUUCAUAA